AUGACCUCCACGUCCGGCCGCCUGAAGGGGCGGAUCGCUGUGGUAACAGGAAGCAGUUCAGGAUUGGGUCAAGCCAUAUGCCUUGCAUUCGCGUCCGAGGGAGCCACGAUUUUCUGCAUCGACCUGUACCCGAACCCACGCAACCCUAUCAACCCGACGACCCAACGCGCCGAUGACUUCCACAACCGCGUGUCGCACCAGCCAGGCACCCACGAGCGUAUCCGACAGAUGGGCGGCGAGGCGAUGUACCAUAAAGCAGACAUCACGAAACCACGGGAAGUCGAGUUGGCCAUCCGGGCAUGCGUGCAGCGGUACAAGAGAGUAGAUAUCAUGGUGAACAACGCGGGCAUUAGCGUCGAGAGCACACACGUGCGGCCCUUGCGAUGCCACGAGACGAGCGAGGAAGACUACGACAAGACCAUGGCCAUCAACACGAAGGGCAUGUUUCUGGGGUGCAAGUACGCCCUGAAACAAAUGCUCGACGGCCAGGAGAAAGUGUAUGGCUCGCGAGGCUGGAUCGUCAACACGGCCAGCGUCCAGGGUCUGGUGCCGUACUAUGGCACGCCGAGUUACUGUGCGAGUAAAGGCGCGGCCGUCAUGUUGACCAAACAGAUCGCCCUGGAUUAUGCAAAGGAUAAGAUCCACUGUAAUGCGCUUUGCCCAGGGUUUCUGGAGACGAGCAUGACGCAGAAUCUGCAGGGCCAAACGGAGGUGCUGGAGGAGAUCCAACGGAAGCAUCCCUUUGGUGGCGUCUUGGGGAGGGUGGAGGAUGUCGCGAGGGCGGCUGUAUUUCUGGCGAGCGACGAUUCUGCUUGGAUCACUGGUGUGCCGUUGCCUGUCGACGGAGCGUAUAUGCUGAGAUGA